AUCCAAUCAAGAUGACCAACAUGCUAUUACCAACUCUUCUGAGCCUGCUGGUUGUCUCCCAGACACACGGGUUCAACCCUUGUAAUGACACAGACGGACAGGCAAAGAAAACAGACGACCUUUACCUGUGUUACAACAAGACAAGCUUCACCUCUACCGUAUGGAUACCUUUUAACUCAUUCUACAUAGGAGGAUACAAAGCCGAAGCCUGGAAAGGCUACGACUGGUACCUAUCCAGUUCAGACGGAAACAACCCAGGAUGGGACACCGUUUUCACUUAUACUGGAAAUGAUUGGAUGCCAUAUCAAAGCAGUCAACUGCAAGAAUCAGCAAAAAACCUUUCAAAGCAAAUGAACUUGACGAAGACAGCCGAACACCUGAUCCUCAACUUCCACACGCUGAACAACCCAUUGCUGGAGAAGCCACCAAAAUCACAGAAAAGAACCCACCUGGUUCCAACGCUGGCAAGUAACUCUAACUGCUACCAUCUGACCCUAUUUAUCUACAAGACCGGAAAAGAUCCACAUCACUUCGUGUCAAUAUGCAAUAACAUAACGAAAGGCAUGGUCCCAUCAUCCACAGAGGCGCCACAGGAAGAAGACGAACCAAACGGAAGCCCGGCUUUAUCUGCAGGCCCACUCUCAAAAACGAUGAAUACUGCCAUAAUAGUGGGACCAAAACUAAAGCCAGACGACUGGUUCCGAGUCACCACAGGGAUCACAGGACACUCAAAUAACUGGUUACUAUUGGCAGAACAAGCAGCUCAAGAUGCUAGUGAUGACUGCAUGGUCUGCCUAGGACCAAGACCAAUACUGAGAGUGGUACCUGCACCUAUGGAAGAAAACUGCCUGACAGCUGUAAUGAACCAUACCAACGAAGAAAAAAGAAAACCCAUAUUCUCACAAGAUGUGAUGGUAGCAAACCACACCUGCAUAAAUAUGAUAGGCCCAGGAGAAAGGCUGGGAAGCCUCAACGCAACUAGCUGCCUAACCAUUACAAAGGUGGACUCCUCAUUCAAGCCACGAAGCAGAGCUGAUGUCUGGUGGUGGUGUGGAGACCCAAACCUGUAUGAUCGUUUGCCUAACAACUGGAUCGGCAUGUGUGGAUUGGUAUCACUGUUGUUACCCAUUCAGGUUGUAAAACUCAAAGCCACGGAUAUAACUAUAACAGCAGGACGACUGAAGAUAAACCCACGACAAAAGAGAUCAGCACCAGAACAACCUGGACCAGACCCAACGUACAUCGAUGCCAUAGGCAUUCCCAGAGGAGUACCAGACGAAUAUAAACUAGUGGACCAAGUGGCUGCCGGUUUCGAAUCGUCGGUGUGCUGGUGGUGUACAAUCAACAAGAAUGUGGACCGAAUUAACUAUAUCCACUAUAACGUCCAGAGACUAGGAAACCUGACACAAUCAGGCUUCCAUUCAGUGGCCGAGCAACUAAGAGCCACCUCACUGAUGUCUUUCCAGAACAGAAUUGCAUUGGACAUGCUACUGAGCGAGAAGAAUGGGGUGUGUUCGAUGUUCGGAGAGCAAUGUUGUACCUUCAUCCCUAACAACACCGCAGCUGAUGGAAGUCUGACCAGAGCCCUAGAAGGCCUGAAGACUCUGAACGAGAAAAUGAAGGAGCAUUCUGGAGUUGACACUUCUACGUGGGACAACUGGAUGGACAUGUUUGGGAAAUAUCGGAGUUUGGUGUCAUCAAUCCUGGUAUCUGUAGCAGUAUUCGCAGCCAUACUCACCUUGUGCGGAUGCUGUUGCAUACCUUGUAUCAGAGCACUGAUAAACAGACUUAUCGCAACAGCCAUAACUCCCCAUGUCACAUCCCCACCAGAGACUAUGAUGCUCCUUGAAAACAAUGAAAGUGACACAGACUCUGAGGAAGAAGAGGACGACAUAUAAAUAAGGAAAAAGAAUUUAUAAUGUUGAACAUUUAACUUUGCUAAAUGACACUCUAGUUGAAAAUGUACCCGCAAGUGACUAGAAGUUGAUAAGAUGCAAAAUAUUUGAACAACAGCAGGGAAUGAUAGAAGUAACUUUUAAGUUUAAACUGCAGAUGUCUAUUAUUAAAAGAUACCUCCGUUAUAAAGCUUUCAAAUGUAUUAAAAUGUUCAUAUAUUUUUGUAUCACAUGCCAUUACAUCCUGACACA